AAUUAAUUCACUUUCAAUGUGUUGUUAAUAAAAACUUGUUGUGCAAAACAGCGAAGAUCAAUGGCAGGGUCGGAAGGAUUCGUUGAAGCGGAUAAUGCCGAAGCGAUUAUCACUAGAAUUGAACAUAAAACUCUCAAGAUCGAAAGCUUACUCAAACAGUUUAAACCCGUCGAAGCUCUUAAAACUGCUCUUGAAGGUACCUAUGCCAUGACUAGUGAUGAGCGUUGCAAGUCGGCACAUUGGAUUGUUGUGCAUAGAGCAAUAAUGGCUAUAAAAGAUGUCGAUGGGAUGCUUUCUUCCUUGGAUCCUGAAUACUAUGACAUCCUAAUGAAGUAUUUAUACAGAGGCUUAUCUACUGGAGAUCGUCCAACAUGUGACCAAUGUCUUCGAAUUCAUGAAAAAUUGACAGAGAGAGCAGGCCAUGGUUGCAUUCUACGUUUCUUGACUGAUACUGUAAAUACAGUUUGAUUUUCUUAGCAAUUUUUAUUCUCUUCCUUUUGUUGUUGAGUUACCUUGCAUGUGUUUUUGCAUGACUACAACAAUCAAUUUACUGGUUUGGUAGGGGUGUUCAAAAAUAUGGUUACUGAACUGAACAAUUUAAUUUAAACAAUUCAAAUUCAGUUUAAAACCGAUUCAAAACCAAUUUUCUUUUAUAAACUAGUUAAAUUAUAUAAAUUAGUUUUUCAUUAAAAGAAUUAAAAAAAUCAAUUGAGAGUAAAAAAAAUUGAAAAUAAAAAAUAAAAAUAAUUUUGAAUUUUUUAAAAAAGUUUAGAAUAUAAAAAACAUUUUUUUUAAAUAAAAGAAAUCAGAAAUAAAAAAUUUAAAAAUAUUCACCAUAAAUUUAAAAUUAUUUAUUACAUUGAAAUAGAUAAUUAAAUGAAUGAAAAUCUUUAAGAACUACAACAUAAAUAGUUUUUGUUAGUUUAGUUUAUCUUUAUUUUCCAAAUAUUUUAGGUAUUUAAAUAAAUAAGUCUCAAUCAUAAAGUGAUGAUAUUAUUAUUACAAUGUUAUUGAUAUUGAAUGGAGUAGUUGGUUGCAGUUCAAAGAAUACAAUGUUACAAGAAAAAAUAGAAUAUAAUGCAAAUUUCAAUCCAAACUCUUGCAGUACGAGUAAUGCAAUAUUUCAUUAAAACGACGGCAUAUAUAAUCCACUGAAAGUUUCUCUUUUUGGAAAAAGCGAGUAAUAUUAACCAAAUGUUAAAAUUGAACAAAAUUAAUGAUAAAUAGAUAAAUUAUUUUAAAACAAUUUUAUUCUAUAAAAAUAUCUUUAUUUUUCGAUAAAAAAUAAUAUAAUUUUUAUAAAAUUUUAAGACAAUUCCAUUUUACAAAAUUUAAAGUAAUUAGAAAUUUUAAGACAAUUCCAUUUCUAUGCCUCUUGGAUGGACGGUAUAUCAGCGGAACCUUUUUCCUCAUUCACUAAUUGAUUUUGCUAUUAUGUUAUAUAUUUGAAAUAUAUUUUAUUGACGAUUCAACUAUUAAAAAUAUUAUGCAGAAGGUUGAUUUGCGUAGAUUGGAAAUAGCUGCAUUGCGGAGAUAUUUUUCUAGUUGAUAUUAAUGUCAUAUUUGGAUCAAUAAUAAAUUUGACAAAAUUAUGGUAAAACCUUCGUUGAAUUGAAACUACUAAAUAGCUGUAAACAACUAUUGUUACACAAAUAGCAGUAACCUCAUCUUACAAUAGAAUAGUUUAAUUCUAACUUUAUUACAAUCAAUCUAAACAUGCAAACCGGAAAUGUGUGCUACGCUUAUGCUAGUUUAUGGAACAUCAAAUUUGUGGUAUCAAUUAUGUGCUUACUGAGUGAGAAAAUGAUGAAACAUCACAUCCUUAAGCUUUAAAAGACAAUCAAAAUGGUACUGUGUGCUAUGCUUAUGGAACAACAUAUCCUUUGGUUUUUCAAUAAAUUUUUUUGUUAGUUCUUGGAGUUCAUUGCUUAUGGAUGUGGUUGGUUGUCAUAGUACAAGAGUUAGGAUUAAGUAUUUUAUUAUUCUUGGUGUUAAUUGCUUGAAAAUUCAUAUAUAGUGUUUACUAUACUUCACUUCAAUAUGGUAGGCAGUGAGUGAUUACUAUGUUGCUCCUGAGGUACUGCGUCGGGGUUAUGGCAAGGAAAUAGACAUCUGGAGUGAAUACAUCAUAUUGUAUAUUCUCCUUAGUGGUGUACCACCUUUUUUGGCUCAUAUUGUAUAUUCUCCUCAGUUCUGGGUGGUAAAAUCAACUUGUAAUUUCAAAAUGUGAUACUAUAUUUAUAGUUUUUGGUUGAGAUUUUGAUGAAAAAUUAACACAUAUAUGGUGUGGUUAAUUUUCUUUGCAGAAACUGAAAAGGGAAUAUUUAAUGGCAUAUGUAGUGUUCACAUGCCAAAGAGUAAACCACACUCAUUGUUUAGACUCCUUUUCAAUGCAAAGUUUAGGUUAUAUAAUUUAACUAUGUUAUACUUUUCUGUUUAAAGAUCAGAAUCAUUGGGUAAAAAUUAAGAACCACUAAAAAACUUCCUUACAGGUUAACAAAAUCAACUUCAAGAAGUAUAAUUGGUAAUUAAAUAAUAUACUAAUAACAUUUGAGAAAGACAGAAUGUAAUGCACAAUAAGACUAAGAAUGGGAAGGACCUAAUGAAACAGUAGUAAGAACAAUCAUAGAAUGAAAAAACUCACGUUUAUCCUAAAGCUUAAAUUUGGUGUGAAAAGCAUAUCAUAUCAUCAUGGAGUUAGCUCGACCCAAACUGAAUGACCAUAUGAAUUUGACAGAUAACCAGGCAAUGGCUCAAUGCUCUUGUCUGAUAAAUUAUAGAUACCAACAUCUUUCCCAUUAACAUAGUCGGUGAAAUAGGUGAAAUAGAUACAAUUUGGACGACAACCAACAAAAUCAGCAGCACAACAGCAAAGUGAAGAUUUGGUCCCUAUAAACAACGAGUGUUCUCCCAAACUUUGUAUUUGUUCCCACUUGCGCUCAUUCCAGUUCAUCUUGUAAACCUUAAACCCCACUGUCUCAUAAGUAAGAUGACCAGCCUGGCGAUCAUAAAUACGACUCUGAAUAACCAACAGCAUGUCCUCCUUGAACAACACUAAAUUGCGAUGAUCAUUCUUGAAAUUAAUUUUAGUCAUCUCAAUGUGUGAGAUCUGACCAAGACCAGCAUCAAAACCUGCAAUCAUUCCAUUUACGUCAACAA